AUGGGGGGCGGGAUCGUGGAGCAGCAGCCGGGGGUGCCCACCCAGGACUUUCGGAGGCUGGAGGAGGACAGGGCCAACCACCCUCCCAGGGCCUGGGAGGAAGAGGGGCCUUCUGGGGUCACCCAGGCCAUUGGGACGAAGGCCUCCACCAGCAAGGGCCACAGUCGGACCAGUCCCCUGGGCUUUGCUGUUUCCCAGCAGCCUGCAGAGGCCCCACAGACAGCCUGAGGGCCCUCCUUCC